AUGUCCCGGCGCAAACAAGCCAAGCCGCAGCACCUCAAGUCGGAAGAGGACGGGCCAAUGAGCGGGAUCAUUUCUCAGCAUACUCGAGGUGAUGCGCUGGAUGAUGCUGACAGCGGGAAUGAAAGCCGCAGUGGCAGCGAAGAGACACAUGUGUGUGAAAAGUGUUGUGCUGAGUUCUUCAAGUGGGCAGAUUUCUGUGAACAUUUAACAAGCUGCACCAAGAAUCCACUUGUGCUGAUUGUAAAUGAUGAUGAGGAAACACCUAUUUCCUCCCAGGAGUAUCCAGAACCCUCCCCUGUGCCCAGUUGCCCGAGUGAGCAAGCUGACAGUGAUGAUGCCAGAGACGAAAACCACACACCUGCUAGUGAGGGCGAUGAUGUCCCAGAGAUAACCACAUCAAAUGGGGUCCGAAUCCUAGAAAAGGAGGAUGAGGAGAUGGAGGUGGAACUCUCUUCUGAAAAAAACAUGGAUCUUGAGGAAAGAGAUGUGGGAUCACCUGAAGCAGAUGGAUCCCUACCUCAGCUCGAUGAUGUUAGCCCCCCAAGUCUCAUGAGCUAUACAAUGCCAAGCACUAAUGUUACCUUGGAAACUCUGCAUGGUACCCGGGUGGCAGUUGCUCAGUUUUCUCAAACCAUAAGGGCAGCAGCAGGCAGCAGCAUUUCCACUAUGGCUAUCCCUAUGAUCUUGGACCAGCUAAUGGCCCUUCAGCAGCAGCAAAUACACCAGCUGCAGUUGAUAGAACAAAUACGAAGUCAAGUGGCUCUGAUGAACAGACAGUCUGCCUCACAGCCUGCACUUAACCACCGUAGCACAAUAACUGGAAACCCUGGGCCGGUUUCAACGUGUGUCCCCCCAGUUACAAAUCAACUUCAGCUCAACAACUUCAUCACUCCUCCAGUACAUCAGCUGCCCAUUAGAUUGCCGGCCUCUCUCAACAGCCAAGGUUCUUCGCCUCUCACCUCUGCAAUGGAAGGUCCACACUCCCAAACAUCUAGUAGAAGUCAGCACUCUAACUCUUCAGUGACCAAUACAUCCUCCAACAGUUCAAUGUUUCCCCCUCCUAGUGCCUCUGGAUUGUCAGCUUUACUUCCCUCCUGCUCAUCAUCAGUCACCAACAUAAGCAUGAGCAAUAGUGUGACAGCAAGCAGUGGAAUCAGUAGCAGUUCCGCUCAUCCCAGGAACUCCAGCACUCCACCAUCACUCAGUCACAACAGCCUCCUGAGCUCAACUUCCAAUCUACCACUGAUACCUCACAGCUCAUCAAGUAGCGUUAUCUUUCCAAACCCGUUGGCCAGCAUAGCAGCAACGGCUAAUGCACUUGACCCCCUAUCUGCUCUGAUGAAACAUCGCAAGGGCAAGCCCCCAAAUGUGUCUGUUUUUGACACAAAGCCAAGUUCUGAAGACCCUUUUUUCAAGCACAAGUGUCGGUUCUGUGCCAAAGUGUUUGGCAGUGACAGUGCACUACAAAUCCACCUGCGUUCCCACACUGGAGAGAGGCCCUAUAAAUGCAACAUAUGUGGUAACCGCUUCUCUACUAAGGGAAAUCUCAAAGUCCACUUCCAGAGGCACAAAGAAAAAUACCCUCAUAUCCAAAUGAACCCCUAUCCAGUUCCUGAGUACUUAGACAAUGUUCCUACAAGCUCAGGCAUCCCAUAUGGUAUGUCCUUGCCCCCAGAAAAGCCUGUUACAACAUGGCUUGAUAGUAAACCUGUCCUCCCUACUGUUCCUACAUCAGUUGGGCUCCAAUUACCCCCCACAUUACCAAGUAUGAUAGGGGGGUUUGGUGAUUCUGCGAGCCUCACUCCACUGAAUAGGUCCCCUCAAAGGCCAUCACCCCCAUCAAGCGAAUGUGCAUCAUUGUCUCCUAAUAUUGUUAUUGACUCUGGAGUUACCACCAGUUCAACUUCUCCAAAAGCCACACCAGGGAGCGAUCUACCUCCACUCUUGAAACCUGAAGGCAUUCUUCUACCCCCAACCUGCCCUACUCGGCCUGGGGAAAACAACACUACCACAACAACAGUAUCUCAUGUGGUUCUCUCCCCUGCCAUCACUCCCAAAACGUCAAGUAGUUCCCUGGUUGCCGAACCCAAUAAGAGCCAAAACACUUUUUCAAAUCCAGUGUCCCAUCCUGUUCUCCCCAUGCUCUCUGAUCAAUUUAAAGCUAAAUUUCCCUUUGGAGGCCUCCUAGACUCUAUGCAAACCUCAGAGACAUCAAAGUUGCAACAGCUCGUUGAAAACAUUGACAAGAAAAUGACCGACCCCAACCAGUGCGUCAUUUGCCACCGUGUUCUGAGUUGUCAGAGUGCUCUCAAGAUGCACUACCGAAUCCACACAGGUGAGCGACCUUUUAAAUGCAAGAUAUGUGGGCGAGCAUUCACCACCAAAGGUAAUCUGAAAACACAUUUUGGUGUUCAUCGAUCGAAACCCCCAUUACGAGUCCAGCACUCAUGUCCAAUAUGUCAGAAAAAGUUUACCAAUGCUGUUGUUCUCCAACAACAUAUCCGUAUGCACAUGGGUGGCCAGAUUCCAAACACUCCUGUCACUGACAACCUUCAGGAAAUGGACACAGACCUGUCAUUUGAUGAAAAGAGCAUAGAUGCAAUGAGCAGUUAUGAUGAUGACCUUCUGGAUGAAAUGGAGCAGGCUAUAGAUGAUGAAGUUGAGUUAAAAGAGGGUGAAAUGGACCUAUCAAAACCUUAUUCACCUGGAAGCUCUCCGCCAACUUCUAUUAUGUCUAGCAUUGCUGUUAUGGAUAACCAGAUGAAGAUAAUUGACUCCACUGCAAAAAUAACCAGUUCGUUUAUUCAAAAGCCUAAUCAAAAUUUCUGUAACUAUGGAAAUGAGAAUGAAUGUUUUCCUACAGAUUCCCUGUCUGCAGUAGGGGAUGCAGAAUCUCAAAGCUUGGGGAGCCCUACUCUGUCAGAGUCCUCUGGCUCUUUGCAUCAGUUCUCCCCGGCUCACAGCCACUGUGAGAACCAGAGAUCCAAAUCUCCAGCUACACUCAAUAGUCACAACAGUGCCAUGACAGUAGAGGAGACCCAGGAGAAGAAUGCUGCUGGCUUGGCAACUGUGAAGUCUGAAAAAUCAGAAACCCCAUCUCCACUUCCAGCAACAGAAAGCAAUGGGGCCCUGGACCUGACUGCCAUUCAACCAAGUAGACACUUUAUAAAGGAGGAGAGCCCCUUCAGUAUGCUGUUUCUAAAUAGAGAUCGAGGUCUAAACACUCCAAACCUGGCCAGCACUGCAUCAAAUAUGAUCAAAAUGGAAAUGAAUGGACACAACAAGUCAUUAUCUUUGAGCGAAACUUCCCACCUACCUGUUAGCAUUCAGGUUCCCACUGCUGCAGCUCCCCAGAACACCCUGAGUCCCAGUACCAACCCCAUGUUGGCUCCCCCACCCCCUCGACGCACCCCAAAGCAGCACAACUGCCACUCUUGUGGGAAGAAUUUCUCUUCUGCCAGUGCUCUGCAAAUCCAUGAGCGCACACAUACUGGAGAAAAACCUUUCGCCUGCUCCAUCUGUGGACGGGCCUUCACCACUAAAGGCAAUCUAAAGGUCCACAUGGGAACACACAUGUGGAACAAUGCACCAGCACGCAGAGGGCGACGACUAUCUGUGGAAAAUCCCAUGGCUCUACUGGGUGGGGAUGCAAUGAAAUUCAGCGAAAUGUUCCAAAAGGACCUUGCGGCUCGGGCCAUGAACGUUGAUCCCGGUUUUUGGAACCAGUAUGCAGCUGCUAUCACCAAUGGUUUGGCCAUGAAGAACAAUGAGAUCUCUGUGAUCCAAAAUGGAGGUAUCACCCAGCUACCUGUGAGCCUUGGUGGUGCAGGACUAACUUCACUGCGAGCCAUGCCUGGUGCAAUGGACCGUCUGCACACAGGCAGCAGCCCUCCUAUGACAGCAAUUGAGAAAGCCACACUUGAGGUCGGGGCCAGCCGCCCCUUCUCCAGGUAUAUGGAGGAAAACAAAGAAAUUGGGAUCAAUUAA